GGCACGUCUCCCUUGGGGUAUUGUUUGAGGGGAACUGAGGUGGAAGGGCGGUCGUGGUUCUGGUCCUUUGUACACAGGGGUCGUGUGCCCCUCCCUGCCUCUUACCUCUUCACUACCUGAACCCCCCGAGUUUGGGCCGAGCCCUUUGCUCGAGGGUGUCGUUAGGGCUUUCUGCGGGAGGGCACAUUGACUCCGGAACCAUGGAGUCGUGGGAGGGGGGUGGAAGGAGGGCGUUUGGCACGCGCGGCGCUCCUCACCGCCGGCUCCGCCGCAGCCAUUUUGUGGUUGCCGGCGUUCGCCCGGCGCCGUCUGCGCAGGCGCGGCGGUGGCGUCGCGAGUUUCCGGCUUCUACCCGUUGUGACGCUCCUGGGAGGCGGCGACGCGCGUGCGGCCCGUCGCCAUUGGUCUGGCCUUGCGGAGGGCGGGGUCGGCUCCGCCCGCACUUCUCGGCCUUUCCUAACUGCGGCAGAUGGGAGGGGGCCAGAAGAGCCGGGGAGAGAGUGCGGCUGCGCAGUUCCAGAGGCGGCAGUGGGCGUUGCGGUUGCUGCUGUCUGGGCCCAGGGAAGGAUCGUGUUGGGAGCCGAGUUUUAAUUUUGUCUGCAAGGGACCUGGCCUAAUAAGAGGCACUCUUGGCAAUCUUGUUUAUAACAUCACCGGGAAACAUUAGCCGGACAUCAUGAGUGGCUGUCGAGUGUUCAUUGGGAGGCUAAAUCCCGCGGCCAGGGAGAAGGACGUGGAAAGAUUCUUCAAGGGGUAUGGACGAAUAAGAGAUAUUGAUCUGAAAAGAGGCUUUGGUUUUGUGGAAUUCGAGGAUCCCAGGGAUGCAGAUGAUGCCGUAUAUGAACUUGAUGGUAAAGAACUGUGCAGUGAAAGGGUUACUAUUGAACAUGCUAGGGCUCGAUCUCGAGGUGGACGAGGUAGAGGACGCUAUUCUGACCGAUUUAGUAGUCGCAGACCUCGAAAUGAUAGACGAAAUGCUCCACCUGUAAGAACAGAAAAUCGGCUUAUAGUUGAAAAUUUAUCUUCAAGAGUCAGCUGGCAGGAUCUCAAAGAUUUCAUGAGACAAGCUGGGGAAGUAACCUUUGCGGACGCACAUCGACCUAAAUUAAACGAAGGGGUGGUAGAGUUUGCCUCUUAUGGUGAUUUAAAGAAUGCUAUUGAAAAACUUUCUGGAAAGGAAAUAAAUGGGAGAAAAAUCAAAUUAAUUGAAGGCAGCAAAAGGCACAGUAGGUCACGAAGCAGGUCUCGUUCCCGAACCAGGAGCUCCUCUAGGUCUCGUAGCCGAUCUCGUUCCCGGAGUCGCAAGUCUUACAGCCGGUCCAGGAGCCGGAGCCGGAGCCGGAGCAAGUCCCGUUCUGUUAGUAGGUCUCCUGUGCCUGAAAAGAGCCAGAAACGUGGUUCUUCAAGUAGAUCUAAGUCUCCAGCAUCUGUCGAUCGCCAGAGGUCCAGGUCCCGAUCCCGGUCAAGGUCCAGAUCAGUUGACAGUGGCAAUUAAACUGUAAAUAACUUGC